AUGUUUGAUAAGAACGGAUUUGCAGAGGAGGCCCACAGACAUAACGUUGCAAUGGAGAACCUAACAGCUGAAAGAGAGAAGUACCUUGAAGAGGUCACUGAUAGAAGUAAUAGGAUUGCUGAACUAAAGUCGGAACUAGCCGAGGCAAAUAAGGAUAUUAAUUCAACGAAUAAGUCACUGGAACUCGUUAGAAGAAUCAAUGAGCUUACACAUAAAGCUAUGCCGAGAAGACCGCAAUUAAGCAAUCACUACAAACCUAGCUCAGAGAUGGAAGAGUAUAUGACAAUCUUUGGUUUAAUUACAGGUGGGGUGGUUGGAGGGGCAGCUUAUUUAUUGCUAUAAAAAUACCGCAAUAAAUUUUUACAUAUAUAUUAUAAAGAAAUGGAUUGGCUUGCAAUGGUAGAUGUUGAUGAAGUGGUAGCCCUGGGAAAAAGGGUGGACACCAUAGAAGAACUGGAGGCUGCAGUUAAAAAAUAUGUGGAAUGGAGAAUAAUAAGGAGGCGUAAAAAUAAACCACAAAAACAAGCAGAAAAUUUUAACAUAUAUAGUAUAGGGAAUGGACUGGCUGACACUGGUAACACCUGACGAAAUGGAACGAGUCGGUAAGAACGCAAAAACUAUUGAGGAGCUAGAGGCUGUAGUAAUGAAAUACGUGAGAAAUAAAAUGAGGGUCAAACAUACAUACGAACCAGUAUGUAGUGAAUGUGGUAGUAAGUCCACUGUGGUGAUAGAUGGAGCAGAUGUAUGCACACAAUGUGGCACAAGUGAUAUGAACGGCUUCACAUAUUACGUUAGCUACAACAACAACAAGGACGACUAUCUGAAAAAGAAGUCUUGUCAUAAUAGAGCCCGUUGGUUCGAGAGACACUUAUUAGAACAUGUUGCUUCUGGGGAUAGGGAUACCAUACGGGAGCAGUUUAGAAGCAUCGUAAGAUGUAUACAAAGACUUAGACUGCAACGGGGGCGCAACAUAGUUAGAUAUAAGUUUUACCUACUAAGGAUAGCCAGCAUGAACAACAUCACGCUGAGGAACCCUCCUGAGGACAUUAAGACCAAAAGAAUUGUGAACAUCCUUGAGGACAAACUAUAUGGAAAGGUUUUUCCCGAGUUGGGAUGGAAACCUUUGAAGUGUAAAUAUUAUGACGGUUGGAAAUUUAGAAAUAAAUAAAAUAUUAAAUUAUUAACUAAUAAUUAUUAAUUAAAUAAAAUAAAAAUUAUUAGUUAAAUAAAAUAAAAAUUAUUAAAUAAAAAUUAUUAAUUAAAUAAAAUAAAAAUUAUUAAAUAAAAAUUAUUAAUUAAAUAAAAUAAAAAUUAUUAAUUAAAUAAAUUAUUAAAUUAAAUAUUAAAUUAUUAAAUUAAAUUAAAUAAAAAUUAUUAAAUUAAAUAAAAAUUAAAUAGACCUUUAAAUAGGUCUAUUUUUUUUACCUAUAGUAUAUAGAGAAAGAGUGAAAAAAGGGCGACAAACUUUGACAUGAACGAUAUGACCGUUGAACAACUUAUGGCGCUUGGUGAGAUACUUGAUGACAGCGAUUAUGAGGAAAAUUUCGAGGAUGAAGUGGAGAAAAUCCGUGAUGAUAAGUUCUACCGUGUUGCACCUAAGGAUAAGGGAGAAAACCCCCUCAUGGAAGAACAACUGUUCAUUGAUGAAGGCGAUCGCACUACGGAUCCCAAGAGACCAAGGAGACUCCCGCUCAACUACAAGGGUAAGAGAGGAAUAAGCCAACAUGGAAAUAUUCCGAGAGACAAAAGGCAAAGGCCCUACUAG